GUCUACAUUGUCGGACAUAUACCACCUGGUUCUGAUGAACGUCAUAUUGGCCUACAGCAAAAUGGUCAUACCACAUUCACCGAGAGCAACAACAAACGUUAUCUGGAAUUAGUAAGGAAAUAUUCAUCAAUUAUUCAGGGCCAAUUUUUCGGCCACUUACAUUCCGACUCAUUUCGAAUAAUAUACGAUGACAAAGGUACACCUGUUUCCUGGAUGAUGAUGUCACCAUCGGUAACGCCAAGGAAAAUGAGUGUGGGCUCUAACAAUCCGGCUAUGCGAUUAUAUAAAUUCGAUACAGACUCUGGACAGGUUUUGGACUACACCCAGUACUAUAUGGAUUUGCAGAGUGCCAAUCUGCUGGGAGAACCGAAUUGGGUGCCAGAAUACAACCUUACACAUUACUAUGCCCUAAGUGAUAUAUCAGCGAUUUCCUUGCACAAUUUUGUGGAUCGUUUUACCAGCAACGAUGGAUCCUGGUUUGCCAAAUAUUAUCGUGCCAAUUCGGUACGCUACCAAACCGAUCCAUGCGACAGUGUGUGUAUGCUUAACCAUUAUUGUGCUAUCACCCGUGUCGAUUACAAAGAAUUUCGCCAAUGUCUGGAAAAGGAACAGAGUGCUCUACGUUCGGGUGCCGAUAAUUUAAAACAACUCAGCGGAAUUAUCCCCUUGACGUUGCUCUCUAUAUUUGCUGUGAUAAAUUUGCAGCUGAUAUUAAAUAUUUUACAGACAAUGACUGGCCUAAUAAUUGCAUGUCAACAACAAUGUCAGAAACAUUUAUAUUUUAACCAAUUUAUAAACACAGAGAAAUCAAAUUUACUGAGAACAAAGCCCAUCACCCAUGUCAAUCACUACAACAAUACGAAUAACCACAAUCACAAUGAACACAGGGGAAAUGUGUCCGUUGGGUCGAUGGCUGGUAGCGAACAUAGCUGUGGAAAUUCUUGCAUGCAACAGAAGCCGAUGAGGGCAUUUGAAACACAUCACCAUUUUGGCAAAGUUCAAAACUGUAAUUACAGACGUGACACCAAUUGUUUAUGCAACAGUGACAGGUCACUCCAACUCUACAAAAGCAAGGACAUACACGAGAAACAUCUAUUGAUUUUUAAUAAAGCCAAGAGGAGCACUGUCAAGCUGCAUAAGAAUACAUUUCAGUCACUGCUCACCACCACAGAGGAGGAUACAA